AGCCUCCCCUCUGUCUCCGCCCCCUGUCCCAACUCUUCCUCUGAGCUCCAGCAGCCCCUCUCUCUGCUGCCGGCACUUUUAGCAGCAGCUUUACAGCAGCAGAAUGCCUCCAGGGCCUGUAGUAGGAAGCUGAUGAUCAUGCAGGUAAAUUAACACAGGUUUAAAUGAUGGGCAGCGGUCAGGAGCAGAGCCGUUUCUUCAUCAGUCUGGUGUUUCUGAACGAUAGCGGGACUGAGGGUGAGCUACAGGUCUCAGGACAGGACCAGCAUCAGGACCUCAGUGUGCAGGUCAGCAGAGACACAGCGGGCAUCACUCUCACUGUGGAGAACGGUGAUGGAGUAUGUGUCUUCAGGUUCUCCAUCUCCAGGGAGACGGAGUGCUGCCGGGUGGGCGGUCAGUCCUUCCUCAUCACCACCAGCUGUGUGAGCGUCCUGCUGCGAUUCCGUACUCGACCAGACUUCCAGAGUUUCCACAGUUUGCUAAAGUCAUGGUUGGACUCCAGCAGGGAGAUGUCAGUAUUUGACCAGAGGACAGACAACUCAUCUGCCCUCCAGUACUUUCAGCAGCAGAACAUGCUUCAGGACUUUCUGAGGACGGCCACGUACCAAAAAGCCAUUCUACUGAACGACGUCGACUUCAGAGAUAAGGUAGUGCUGGAUGUGGGCUGUGGAACUGGAAUACUCUCUUUCUUCGCUGUUCAGGCUGGAGCUAAGAGAGUGUAUGCAGUGGAGGCCAGCUCAGUCGCCAAACAUGCAGAAGUUCUGGUCAGGAGUAACGGCAUGUCGGACAGAAUCACUGUGCUAAACGGGAAGAUCGAGGAAGUUUCCUGUCCAGAGAAAGUGGAUGUCAUCAUCUCAGAGCCUAUUGGAUACAUGCUCCUCAACGAGAGGAUGCUGGAGAGCUACCUUCACUCCAAACACUGGCUGAAGCCCAAAGGUAUGAUGUUCCCAACCUUCAGUGACAUCCAUCUGGCUCCCUUUACUGAUGAGCAGCUUUACAUGGAGCACCAUGCACGCUCCAGCUUCUGGCUCCAGACGAGUUUUUAUGGGGUAAACCUGAGUGGUCUCCAUCCUGUGGCCGUAGAGGAGUUCUUCAGACAACCAAUAGUGGACACUUUUGAUAUGCAGAUUCUAAUGGCCAGGUCUGUAAAAUACACCAUUAACUUCCUUGAAGCUAAAGAAGAAGACUUGCAUAGGAUGGAAAUUCCCUUUGUCUUCAAGCUGCUGCAGUCAGGACUGAUUCACGGCCUGGCGUUCUGGUUUGAUGUGGCGUUUGUAGGAUCGAGGAUGACUGUAUGGCUGUCCACCGCCCCCCACGAGCCCCUCUCUCACUGGUACCAGGUCCGUUGUCUCCUCCAGACUCCUCUCUUUGCCAAAAUGGGACAGACCCUGUCUGGACAGGUUCUACUUAUUGCCAACAAGAGACAGAGUUAUGAUAUUCACAUCACAGCAGUCGUCGAUGAGUCCGGCUUUAAAUCUGGAAACACGUUGGAUCUCAAAAAUCCUUUCUUUCGGUAG